AUGCCUUCAGCAAACGCCAUCAACAAACCCACUGCCAACUCGGGCGGAAAAUGUGAGGAGCUGAAAUAUCUUCCCCCUGGCACUUGCGAAUACAAAUACAGUGGAAAUAUAAAAGAUAUGGAAAAAACCAUUCAACUUGAACGGGGUGCUUUCCUGGCGCUGAUGGAUGGCCAAAGCACUCCCGUUCGCAAUCCUUUCAUGGGAUUCUCAUGUGUCUCCCAAGCUGCAGUCGAGCAACACGUCGAGAAUAAUAGAAAUAUUGAGAAACUAGUAUUUAGCUACGACAAAAUAAACCACAUCCUCGUUUUACGAAUGCCUUCUAGAGCCCAUGAAUUGGCUGCCUCAGUCUUUGGUGACCUUGUUGGGAAAAAAUUGGCUAAAAUGGGCCUCAGCUUCCUCGAUCUGCACAAUCUUCUCUCCAGUUGGGUUACAACAACUCGGCGGAAGAAGGCUCCAGAUAUGUCCUGGCAGCCAACUGAAUUACCGAAAGGAAGAUCUCAUCUAUGGCCUACCUUUGUGUUGGAAGUGGGAUAUACAGAGACUGAAGCACAGCUUGAACGUGAUGCGAGAUGGUGA